UUAUUUUUUAUACAAAUUUUUCGUAUUGUUCUUAAAUUUAAAAUAAUUAUUUGAUAUUAGUUUGAUAAUAGUUUAAUAUGUUGCGAUAAAUUGAUAUGAUAGAAAGGCGAAAGGUUUUCAUUAUUAUAUUUUGUUUUAUUAAUAUGCUUAUUAAUGUGCUUAUAACAUAGUUACUAACCUGCUAGUAAACCUUUUGUAUUGUAAUACCUACAUGAUGAAUAUAUUAAGUGAUCGAUAUUACUUAAAUUUUUUCUUUUAUUGUUUGAACUUUUUAUGAUCAAACUGCAAAAAAGAAAAUAAACGAUUUACAAAUACAUUGUAAAUAAUUAGAGUACAACAUUGUAGAACUUAAUAUGCUAUCUUCUUUUAUGUUCAAAACUAACAAUCGAAACUAUAUCAAUAACCUUAUGAUUGUCUUCUCUUUUAUUCAAUAUUAUGUACGCAUUGAGAAUGAGUAUAUAUAUCAUAAACAUGGUAUGGCCUUUUAUCGAUUGAAUCAUAGGUCUGAACACAUUGAUUCUUCUGUCACAAUGUCUUCCUCAUUCAUUGAUGAUACUUUGGAUGGAUAUAAGGAAACUGUGGAGAAGGACACAUCGAUGAUAGUGCCAAAUAAAAAGCAGUUGGAAUUAAACAAAAUUCCAUUAGAAGAUGAAAAGAAACAACAGUUCUUCAAACUUCUUCACCUUGAGAAGAAAUUGGACACAGAAUUUACCAACUUGAAAACUUCAAGAGAAAAAUAUCCUUCCAUGAAGCAAACUACAAACCUUUUGCAUGAAUAUAAUGAUAUGAAGGAUGCAACCCAAGUUGUAUUUGGUGCUAUGGCUCAAAUAAAUAAUAUCACAGUUAAGAGUUUACAUAAAGAUUAUGGUUUACCUACUAAUGACAGCUGAAGGCUUUGCUGAUUGUACAGUCAUCUUCUUCUUCAAAUACUAACUUCGUUUAUUGUUAAAAUGCACUACUGUGAUAUAUUUUUUGUAUAAUAAAAACCACUUUAUUCGAUUAUGAACAUUA